UACACCACCCAAUCAGGCCCGAGCGAGAGCCCGGUGGGUGUGGCUUUCAGCCGGGGCGGCUGGCGCAGUAGGAUCCUGCGCUGCCACGGUUGCGGGUGUGCGCGGCGUAGGAGGACGCCCCGAGGGCGCGGAGCGGGGCCCCGAGAUGGCCUCUGUGGUCUUUGAGGAUGUGGCUGUGAAGUUCACCCCAGAAGAGUGGGCUUUGCUGGAUCGUGGUCAGAGGAAGCUUUACAGAGAUGUGAUGCUGGAGACCUGCAGGAAUCUGUCCUCCGUGGAGAAGCAGAAAUUUCACAGCAAUGGAGAUCUGACCCGAAUGCAAGAAGGGCUUUUGAGAAGUCCUUUGGUGGAGAGUGUCUGUGAACGUAUUGAAGGAGAUCCAUGUGGAGAAACCCUGAACCCAAUUACAAGUCUUACUGUGCAUGAGGGGUGUCCUACUGGAGGCAAAUCCUGUGAAUGCACUAAGUGUAGAGAAGCCUUUGCAGAUGGUUCCUUCCUAGAGAAGCCGCGAAGACCUCACCCACGACUCAAACCUAGUCCUGGUGAGGAGUGUGGGCAGGCUUGCAGCUCUGUUACGAGCCUCAACACUCAUGUGGACGCAGACGUUGUAGAGGAACCCUGUGAAGGUCAGGUCACCGGGAGAGCAUCGGAGACAUAUGCGAAGAGUCUCCGUAGUAAAAAGUCUAUAGAGUGCAAGAAAUGUGGAAAAACUUUCACUUGCACAGCUUCCUUUAAACGUCAUGUGCAAGGUCACUGUGGACAGAGAGUCCAUGUGUGUGACACGUGUGGGAAAACCUUCGUGUAUCACUGCUACCUUACACGUCAUGUGAGAAUUCACACUGGGGUGAGACCCUAUGAAUGUCAGGAGUGUGGGAGAGCCUUCGGGUAUAAGUCAAGCCUGCAAAACCAUGUCAGGACCCACGCUCGGGAGAAACCCUAUAAAUAUCAGCCGGGUGGGAAAGCCUUCCCUGGUCAGCAUUCCUUUCGAAUACCUGAGAGAAAGCACACAGGGUAUGCACCUUUUGAAUGUAAGGAGUGUGGCAAAACUUUCAAGAAACGUCUACAUUUUGAAUGUCACAUGACCACACACAAUGUAGUGAAACCCUAUGAAUGUCUGGAGUGCGGCAGAGCCUUUAGGCAUCACUCAGACCUGCGAGUUCAUAUGAGGACACACACUGGGGAAAGACCCUAUGAAUGUAAGGGAUGUGGGAAAUCCUUCCGGAAGUAUCAUCAUAUUAAACGUCACAUGGUUAUUCACAGUAUAGUGAAACCCUAUGAAUGUAAGGAAUGUGACAGGGGCUUUGGGGAUCAAACACACCUGAGAAUACAUAUGAGGACUCACACUGGGGAAAGACCGUAUGAAUGUAAGCAGUGUGGGAAAGCCUUCCGAUAUCAGUGGAAUCUGCGAGGACAUGUGACAACACACACCAGGGAGAGACCCUAUGAAUGUCCGGAGUGUGGGAAAGCCUUCAGGUAUAAGUCAUGCCUACAAGAACAUGUGACAACACACACGGGGGAGAAACCCUAUGAAUGUCAGGAGUGUGGGAAAGCCUUCAGGUAUAAGUCGUGCCUGCGAGAACAUAUGAGGAGACACACUGGGGAGAGACCCAAUAAAUGUCAGCACUGUGGGAAAGCCUUCCUUCGUCACUACACCCUCGUACUACAUAUUAUGAGAAGACACUCAGGGGAUGGACACUUGGAAUGUAAGGAGUGUGGGGAAACUUUCAGGAAGCAUCGACCUUUUGAACGUCACAUGACCACACACAAUGUAGUGAAACCCUAUGAAUGCGAGGAGUGUGGCAAAACCUUCAGGUAUCACAGAGACCUAAGGAUACAUGUGCGGACCCACACUGAGGAAAAACCCUUUAAAUGUCAGCACUGUGGGAAAGCCUUCCCAUCUCCUUCAAACCUGGGAGUACAUAUGAGGACACACUCUGGAGGGAGAUCUUAUGAAUGUCAGCGGUGUGGGAAUGCCUUUACCUCUCCUGCUAGCCUGCGAGCCCAUAUGAGGACACACGCUGGGGAGAGACCUUUUGAGUGUAUCGAGUGUGGGAAAGCUUUCAAUCAGCUGCAGAUUUUUCAAAGUCAUUUGAAAACACACAGCACCAUUAAAUCCUAUGAAUGUAAGAAGUGUGGGAAGGUGUACAAGUUCGCCUCGUCUCUUCGAGCGCAUAUGAAGAAACACCCUGGGGAGAGACCUUGACAGAUCACUGCUUCCUUCAAGAACACGUGAGGCUGCACAGUGGACAGUAAGCCUCUGUAUGCAAGGACUCUGUUAAGACCUUCCAGUGUCCCAAAGUCCUGGGCAGAACCUUAUGAAUGACUGCUGUGUGGGAAAGCCUUCAGUCGUCCCUCUUCCCUUCGAGGACCCAUGUGAACUUAAGCACCAUGGAAAAGCCUUCAGGUAUCCCAGGAAUCUGUGAGCAUAGACACACUGUGGCAUAGCAUUUAUCCUCCUUUAAAUUCUUAUGAAAAUGUGAGCCAGUACAAUGGAGAUGAUCCUGAAUGGACACAAUUUUGGGAAAACUUCAGAGAAGCAGAAAUUUCACAGCAAUGGAGAUCUGACCCAAAUGCAGGAAGGGUUUUUGAGGACUCAGUGGUCUUUGAGGAUGUGGCUGUGGACUUCACCUUGGAGGAGUGGUCUUUGCUGGAUUGUGUGCAGAAGAACCUCUACAGAGAUGUGAUGCUGGUCUCAGUGG